UAGCGAAGUCGGGGUACGUUUACACAUACAGCGACUCGCAGCAACAAAGCGACCGGAGACCAUUCAUUUUCAGUGUGAGCUGGCGACCAUUGGUGACUAGAUGUGGGCGUGUCCAGCAACUUUGAAAGUUGAGAAAGACGCUAUCAGUGAGGAUGUAGAGCACUCUGUAAGUACAGAAGAACCCCCUAGAAAAAAGAAAAAGAGGGAGAAGACAAAGGAAGUGAACGAAGCCAAGGAGUUGGAGACACAAAGCAAUGAAAAGAGAGAAGAACCACCAGCUAUGAAGAAGGAAAAGAAGCUGAAAGAGUCACAGGUGAAUAUUGCAGAAGAGAGAAAUGAGGCACCGCAAGUAAAUUUAGUAGUGGAGUCAGAGACACGAAGCAACAAAGAACUGGAAAAGAAAAGGAAAAGGAAAAAGACUCUGAAAGAGUCUGAGGAGAAUAUUGCAGAAGAGAGUAAGGAGACUGAGGAAGUAAAUUUAGCAAUGGAGGCAGAGACACGAAGCAACAAAGAACUGGAAAAGAAAAGGAAAAGGAAAAAGACUCUGAAAGAGUCCGAGGAGAAUAUUGCAGAAGAGAGUAAGGAGACUGAGGAAGUAAAUUUAGCAAUGGAGGCAGAGACACGAAGCAACAAAGAACUGGAAAAGAAAAGGAAAAGGAAAAAGACUCUGAAAGAGUCCGAGGAGAAUGUUGCAGAAGAGAGUAAGGAGACUGAGGAAGUAAAUUUAGCAGUGGAGGCAGAGACACGAAGCAACAAAGAACUGGAAAAGAAAAGGAAAAGGAAAAAGACUCUGAAAGAGUCCGAGGAGAAUAUUGCAGAAGAGAGUAAGGAGACUGAGGAAGUAAAUUUAGCAGUGGAGGCAGAGACACGAAGCAACAAAGAACUGGAGAAGAAAAGGAAAAGGAAAAAGACUCUGAAAGAGUCCGAGGAGAAUAUUGCAGAAGAGAGUAAAGAGAUGGAGGAAGUAAAUUUAGCAGAGGAGGCAGAGACACGAAGCAACAAAGAACUGGAAAAGAAGAAAGGUAAAUCAAAAGACAAGAAUCGUGACAGUUUGGAAAAAAAAUCUCUUCCAAACAUCAAGAAAAAGAGAACACAGGGGGAAAAAAAAGAGGGCCCAGGAAUCCGAAAAACAGCGUUGACUGUGAUUGAUGAAAAACUUUUGCAGCAGAUGAAAGAAUUUAUUCCUGAUAUCGAGUCAAGGGAGGUGAUGAACAUGAGUAAAAUGAUCAAAUACGACAUGCCAAGAUUUAAGGAAUUCAAACAACAAGGCAUCUCUUUGAAUAUCGGACGUUUCACUGUAAAAGAAAACGACAGGCUGAGGAAGAACGUCAAAGACUUCAUGGCUCUCACCGCAAUAGAUAACCCCACCAAGCUGUUCUUCACACAUCGCUUUAAGACGGAACAGGAGAAUAUAAAGAAGCUCAAAGUGAGACACAAGUUCUUUGAAAGGAUAGCGGAAGGAAUUCCCAGAUCCUGCUAUUAUAUUUAUGCUCGUGGAAGAAGAAUGUUUGAUGAGAAAAACUACCAGGGAGAGUUUACAGCGGCAGAACUUCACGCGUUGAACAAGUUGCAUACUUUACAUGGUAGUAAUUGGAAGAAGAUUUCAGAGUUGACUGGUCGAAGUGCAAUGUCACUCCAGAAACGUUACACACAGAUUGCUGAUAACGAAGGCCCCUGGUCCAAAAAGGAGGUACAGAGACUUUUGAGAGCUGUACGAGAUCACGUAGUGAGCAAAAUCCCAGGUGGAGCUGACAAUUACGACUCCGUAAGAGUGACGAAGGAAGUGUUGUAUAAAAGGCUCCCCUUGAUGAAGAUCUCUAAGAAGGUGAAAACUCGUUCGUGGACUCAGUGCAGGGAGAAAUGGAUGGGUAUUUUGGCAAUGAGAAUGUCCUUUGGAACCUUGCUCAGUCAGAAGAAAUCUCUCGAUGUCCAGAUCAAACUCAUAAAAGGGAUAUAUGAAAUGGAUAUCGACGAUGUUGCCCAUGUCAACUGGGAGGACCUAACAGCACUGAUUGGGGAUCUACCUCCAACGUACAUCCAAAGGAAAUGGCACAAAAUGAAAGUGUGCUGUGUGCCUAACUGGCAAAAAAAGAGUUUUGGAGAUAUUGUUGACUUUAUGUACGAGACCAUCUUACCACAGCUGGAGCAGACGCUGGCAUCCUGCAAGGGCUCUGAUGAGACUCAGCAUAAUGAAAACCAGGAGAGCUAUCUUCUCUCAAACAUCUUUCAGGACAUUGAGGACGAUGAUGACAGCAGUGAAGUGAAUACUCAAAUCAUGUGAUCAUGUGGACCAAUACUGACUAAUUAAGGAUAUUAAAAACUUACUCAAUUACAAACUUUGACUACAUGGAAGUUUAUGGUCGGUCGCUGUUUUCUCAUCAUAUUACGUUUAACGUUAAUGCUUUUCUGGUUAAUUGUAAAUUUGCUUGAAAUGUAUUUUGCAGAUUUAUUUUUGUGAUGGUCAAAUUUCUAAUAGCAAAGAAUAUAAAUAAAUGUUAUUGUGCUGUCUUUUACAGAAUUUCAUACGAAGUG